AUGGUGCCGCCUGGUGACGGCACGGAUACGGAAACGAUGGAGCUUACAUCCGCAGGCGGUGGGCCACCGCAGACAACUGGACCGCUUUUUCAUAAUUUUGGGUGGGUGUCUGAGCAUGAAGAGCUACUGACAACUCCCGAAGAAGACGGCCAUCAAUAUCCGCCGGUGCAGCACGACUACGCCCCACUCAAACUUCAAUUACGCUUCGUCGCUGGAGUUAUCCGUCGCGAGCGUCUACCUGCAUUUGAGCGCCUCCUUUGGCGUGCCUGCCGUGGCAACGUUUUCUUGCGCACCUCUGAGAUUGAUGAUGUUCUUAAUGACACGUUGACGCUCCGUAUACAAUGA